AAAAAAAAAAAAAAAAGCAGGCAAACCACAAUGCACUUAAGGUUGAAGUGUUUUGGGACGCCGUAGAUCUAUGGUAGUGGUUAUUUGGUUUAACAGUUUGUUUUUACUAACUUUACAGCAAGCCAGUCAUUAAGCAUCCUCCCAUACAUUUAUUGCAAAUGUCCUGAUAACCUAUAGAGCUUGGACUGUGUAUUCUACUUUCUUCGUUUUUCCAACACUGUUUCAAACAGAAUACACAACAGUAUUUAAUAUCCUGGACUAAAACCUAGAGAAGCUUCAGACACUGAAUCAGAUACUGUUUUAUUCUGUUUGAAAAGAGUACGCACAGUGUUACAGCAUGAAGAAGCAUGCCUUCAGUAAGCUUAAGGGUUUGCUCCUCCGAGUGUAGUGCUUUCCAGUCCUGUGCUCGUCAGUGUACGUGUCUUAAUGACCCCGUGCUGUUAACCUCACAGAAAGGAAAAGAAAAACAGAAAAAGAAGUCCUCUAAAACUGAGACACUUCAGGAGCAAAAGAAGAACAAAAAGGAACUCGAGUUCGAACAGAAACUUGCCAAAGAAAAGGAAGAAAUGUUCGAACGAGAAAAACAACUGAAAAUUAAUAGGCUUGUUCAAGAGGUGUCGGAGACUGAGCGAGAGGACAUGGAGGAGUCAGAAAAGGUUCAGCAUUGGGUUGAAAGGCUGUGUCAGACUCGAUUAGAGCAAAUAUCCUCUGCUGAGAAUGAGUCCCCUGAGGUGUCUGUGGGACGGAGUCCCUCCACAGGAUCAUCCAUGCACAGGUUUGCCGGUGGUCUGCAGCUCCACACCACUGAUUUGGAUGACAUAAAUUUAGACAACUUGGAUCAGAGUUUAAAACAGCCCAUGAAAAGAAUAGCACCACCCCCUCCGUCCCCAAGGAACCACCACCCCCCCUCCCCUCGGCUCCCGCACCCUCCCACCCCAAGACUGCCUCCUCCUUCCCACUCUCCCAUCUCCCCCCACAGACCUCCACACUCCACAAUCCACCGACCUCCACAGCACUCAUAUGCCACACACUCACAAGCACAACACCCCUCUCCCCAGCCCCCAUCCCAGGGCAUGUCCAACCAUUCCUCCUGGAGGCCCCCUUCCCCCCCCCACCCAGCCCCUCCACCAUCACCACCUCCACCCCCACCUCCAGGUCCACCACCUCCCCCCGCCCCCUCCCAGUCAGCAAAUCAGCUUUGCUCGCCAGCAGCCCUCUAUUCCUGAGGAGGGAUAUGGUAACAACAGGUAUCUUUCCACUAGCCCAGUUGAGUCUGCAAAUCACUGGGAGGGUCAUCCCUACAGAACAAGAGCCGGGUAUGGUGCAGUCAGCCCACCAUCCAGUGAUCAUGCGUAUCAUCCCAGCCCAAAGGUUAUGAGAAAUACCUCUCAUGUCAGCAAAAUUUCAACCUCAAGCAACCCACUGCAACUGGCUCCCAGUCCGCCCUGCCAGCGUCGCCCUGCUAUGCCCGUAGUCUCCAAGCCAGUCAUGCUGCCACCUUCACAUGCCACCCACAGGCACACGAUCAAAUCAGAGGCCUUGGUAAGACAUCAGCCUGAGUGAUCUGUCUGCUGUGUGCCAGAACCCAUGGAGAGUGUUGUGGCUCGUUUAUAGCCUUUACAGCAAAUGGUAAUGCUAUUGGCAGUAUAGAG